AUGGACACAAUCGGCUCUGUUGUCGGCAUUAGCAUCGCGCCCUUUGUCCUCUUGCUUCUUGUUCCUGAUCUCAACACGCAUCAAGCCCUUCUGAAAAUUCUUUUGGGCUUUGCUGCUGGUGGUCUCCUUGGUGAUGCCUUCCUUCACCUCAUACCCCACGCACUUUCUCAUAGCCAUGUAGAACACGAAAAUAAUGCCCACGGCCAUUCACACUCCCUGUUUGAGGGUAACACACGAGUCUUCUUGUGUGUCAUAUUUGGGAUUCUCAGCUUUUUGUGCAUUGACAAGUUACUGAGACUUCUCAGGAGUAAACACAGUCAUUUCCACGCCGCACCUGCUGCCGAGGUCAGGUCCAAGAAGCAGAAAAGCGCAAAGUCUGGCGAUGCUAAAGCUGCCACUCAUAAUGCACCGAACAAGAGCAAAGUUAAGAGCAUACCUGCAAUGAACACAUCUGGUUACCUCAACCUGGCCGCUGAUUUUACGCACAACCUAACCGAUGGUAUCGCUAUUGCUGGGUCCUUCCUGAUAAGUCGCAAUGUUGGCUACGUUACUACCCUUACCGUUCUUGUUCACGAACUUCCCCACGAGAUCGGUGACUACGCAAUUCUCGUCAAGUCUGGCUGUGGUGUUUACUCUGCCAUGAUGCUGCAACUUGUAACUGCUCUCGGCGCACUCCUGGGUGCAAGCCUCAGUCUCGUAGCUGCGGGCGUGGGAGUUGAUGUCACCGUUGUCGGUCUCGACAGAAGCACCGUCCUGCUCUCGCCAGCCUUCAUCACUACGUGUCUUCUGCCGUUUACAGCAGGUGGCUUCAUUUACAUAGCCCUCGUCUCAGUAAUGCCUGACCUGCUCUCUGAACACGCGAGUGAGGGAAAAUCCAAGGUCUUAUCUCGCCGCCUUGGUCAAGCCACUGCCGAGUUGGCUGCCAUUGUGCUCGGUGUAGGUCUGAUGGCGGCAAUUGGUCUUUUCGAAUGA